AUGGAGGAGGAUGCACCCACCCGUCGGCCAAUCAAUACGCGCGAUGCAAGAAGCGAAAGUGCGGUCGCCCCUGUGGCACCGAUAAAUCCGCCUCGCGGCCAACAGUUUUCGGUCAACGCCCCAGGUCUUAGAAAAUCGACCGAAGACAAUUUACCCCCGAGAACGAGUUAUAUCAUCGAAGACAACGAAGAGAAGAGAGAUUUGGGAACGAAAGAAAGCGAGGCGAAAUGGGGCGAAUUCAAUGCGGAAUUAGAUCGAAUAGAACGCGAAGAUCGCGAAAUACGAAUUCGUUUGUCGAAUCUUUACAACGAUGGUCCGGAGUUACAGUCAGCAUCGAGGACAAAUCAGCAGUAUGAAGAAGACCUUCUUCCUCGGCCAACACAAUCCAAGAGCUAUAAACAAACCCCUCCAAUGUUCGACGUCACCCUUUUGGAAUCAGCACCGUCAGAACUCCAGCUCGAGCGAUCGAAAGAAGCUCUUCUUGUGAAUUCGAUUGCGGAAAAUGUGCUGACCAAACUCGUCGACGAUGUAUUCAUUGAAGCUGAAAACAUAAUGGGCGAGUACGUCGAUCAAAUAUACCAAGAAGAACUUAACGGGAUGGACGAGUUCUCGGCAAUAUCAAUCAUUGCCUCCUCCAUGAUGUCAAGUCGUUCCCAAUCGACCAUGCGCAACCAAGCAACCCUCAAUGAGUCGCAGGCAACUGCUCAGACAAUUACCGAACUCGAGCUCUCCGAAUCAAGAGAUACUGAAACACAUUCCAUUGUGACUUGA